CGGAGGAGGAGGAUGAGGAGUUCCAGUUCAUCAAGAAGGCGAAGGAGCAGGAGGUGGAGCCCGAGGAGCAGGAGGAGGAGCUCGCCAACGACCCCCGCCUGCGCCGCCUCCAGAACCGCAUCGCUGAAGAUGUGGAGGAGCGGCUGGCGAGACACCGUAAAAUCGUGGAGCCUGAAGUGGUUGGAGAAAGCGACUCGGAGGUGGAGGGGGAAGCCUGGCGCCUGGAGCGGGAGGACACCAGCGAGGAGGAAGAGGAGGAGAUUGAUGAUGAGGAGAUCGAGCGCCGGCGCGGGAUGAUGCGUCAGCGAGCACAGGAGAGGAAAACUGAGGAGAUGGAAGUGAUGGAGUUGGAAGAUGAGGGUCGAUCUGGAGAAGAGUCCGAGUCAGAGUCUGAGUACGAGGAGUACACGGACAGUGAGGACGACAUGGAGCCACGUCUCAAACCCGUCUUCAUCCGCAAGAAGGACAGGAUCACGGUCCAGGAGCGAGAAGCAGAAGCCCUGAAGCAGAAGGAGCUGGAGCAGGAGGCAAAGAGGCUGGCAGAGGAGAGGCGCAAGUACACACUCAAGAUUGUAGAGGAGGAAGCCAAGAAGGAGCUGGAGGAGAAUAAGCGCUCACUGGCAGCACUGGAUGCACUUGAUACAGAUGAUGAGAACGAUGAGGAGGAGUAUGAGGCCUGGAAAGUACGUGAGCUGAAGCGCAUCAAACGGGACCGAGAAGAACGAGAAGCCAUGGAGAAGGAGAAGGCAGAGAUCGAGCGCAUGCGGAACCUGACGGAGGAGGAGCGCCGGGCCGAGCUGCGGGCCAACGGCAAGGUCAUCACCAACAAGGCGGUGAAGGGCAAGUACAAGUUCCUGCAGAAGUACUACCACCGCGGCGCCUUCUUCAUGGAUGAGGACGAAGAGGUGUACAAGAGGGACUUCAGUGCCCCAACCCUCGAGGACCACUUCAACAAGACGAUCCUGCCCAAAGUCAUGCAGGUCAAGAACUUUGGGCGCUCGGGGCGGACAAAGUACACGCACUUGGUGGACCAGGACACCACAUCCUUUGACUCUGCGUGGGGCCAGGAGAGCGCGCAGAACACCAAGUUCUUCAAGCAGAAAGCAGCGGGUGUUCGGGAUGUCUUCGAGAGACCCUCGGCCAAGAAGCGAAAAACCACUUAA